ACAGCAGGGGUGCUCGGUUGUUGUAGUUUCGAUGAGUUCUGUGACUGCGGGGCUUCUGACUGCAGCAGCUUCCGUCACUCAUGUAGCCGAACAUGGCCCCUGUCAGCCGGGCUGUUGCUGUGGCAGCGCUCUCUCUGCUCUACCUGUGCGGCGGAAUCAUCUCCACGGAGUUCUUUUCCACGCUCACGCUGUUCAACAACGAGCUCCACAAGCAGGGAUGCAGUUCGCUGUCCGAGUGGGAGGACUACGCUGCAGACUGCGACUCUUCAGUUUUGCAGUUUGAGGAUCCGGACUGCGUGGAGGGAAGCAACCCGCCGUGCGAGUCGGUCUUCUCCCUUAACGCUGAAAAGAUCCUGAACCAAGCCAAGUUGUUUAUAGAGCAAAAGAAAAUCCCCUUCCCUGUAGACAACCAAAACACAAACGAGGAACUUGCUAUUUGCUACGUUUUAAUAGGAAAUGGCCUUUAUGAUGAAGCCAUUAAACAUUUCUCUCUGCUACUACAGAGUGACCCUGAGUUAGUCAGUGCCAUCUAUGGUAGAGGGAUAGCCUACGGAAAGAAAAGCCUGCAGGACAUAAAGAAUGCUGACCUGGCGUUGUACGAGCUUAACCGGGUCAUCACACUCGAGCCCAACUGGCCAGAGGUUUAUGAGCAGAGAGCGGAGAUUCUGUCCCCUCUGGGUCGGAUCAGCGAGGCCCUGAGUGACCUCACCAAAGCUAUCCAGCUGCAGCCAUCAGCUCGUCUCUACAGACACAGAGGAACUCUGCUCUUUAUUUCUGAGGAUUAUGUUGCAGCCAUGGAGGACUUUCAGAGAUCCUUAGAGCUGAAGAAGAAUCAGCCCAUCGCCAUGCUAUAUAAGGGCCUCACCUUUUUCCAUAGAGGCAUGCUAAAGAACAGGAGAGCAUACAUCAAAUGUGUCGGAGGUGGCAUUUUAUGGGCAGGAAGGGGCUACGAGUUGCAGCUAUUAACAUGGAAAUCCUUUUUUUUUUAUCUCUUUCCUCCAGAAUAUUCUCGCUACUUACACUCCCACCUGGAUAUUCCUGUAGCGGAGUACAACGUGGACCAGGACCUACCAGGCAACUUUAAGAAUCACUGGGCCAAGAACCUGCCGUUUUUGAUAGAAGACUAUGAGGAACAGCCUGGCCUGCAGCCACAUAUCAAAGAUGUCCUCCCACAGAACUUCGACAGCUACAGCUCUGAAGUCCAGAAGCUGAUCUGCACGGCCGACCACCUGGGAUUACUGAUGCAGUACGACACUCCAGGAUUCCUACCAAACAAAAGAAUACACAGAGCCAUGGGUUUAGCGACACUGGAAGUGAUGCAGGCCAUGCAGCGCACAUGGAGCAACUCUAAAGUACGAGUUAAUGGAAAGACCCGGCAAAUGCUGUGGAGAGACAUGUUUGACAUCGCCGUCAAAUGGAGGAGGAUCGCAGAUCCAGACCAGCCGGUCCUUUGGUUAGAUCAGAUGCCAGCCAGGAGCCUAAGUCGAGGCUUUAACAAUCACAUCAAUCUCAUCAGGGGGCAGAUUAUUAACAUCAGAUACCUGGCCUACUUUGACAACAUCCUAGAAUUCAUCAAAGACAGAAUAUUAGUGUACCACGGGGCGUAUAACCCAAGAGGCCUCCUGGAGGUCCGCCAAGCACUUGAAAAUGUGAAUAAAGUAGAAGAUCUUCUGCCAAUAAUGAAGCAGUUUAACAGUAAAACCAGAGACGGAUUCACGGUGAACUCCAAGGUGCCGAGCCUGAAGGAUGCUGGGAAGGAGUUUGACGGCUUUACAAUCACCAUCACUGGAGACAGGGUGGGAAACAUGUUGUUCUCAGUAGAGACCCAGACAACAGAGGAACGGACGCAGCAGUACCAAUCAGAGAUCGAGUCUAUCUACAAAGAUCUCACAGUUAAAGGAAAGGCCCUCAUGCUUUCUACUGAGCUUGGGGACGCAGAUGCGGUCUGCAACCUUAUCCUUUCUUUAAUAUAUUACUUCUGCAACCUCAUGCCUCUAUCCAGAGGAUCCAGUGUUGUGGCGUACUCGGUGGUUAUGGGGGCGCUGAUGGCCAGUGGGAAGGAGGUCAUUGGUAGGAUCCCAAAAGGAAAGCUGGUAGAUUUCGAAGCAAUGACGGCACCAAGUCCAGAAAACUUCAGUAAAACAGCAAAAAGCUGGAUGAAUCUCAAAAGUUUACCGAGUUGGUACCGAAGUCUUCCAUCGGUAGCAGAGACCUUCCCGUCCAUCAGAACAAUGAUAGAAGUCCUAAACACAGACUCGUCUUCACAUUGUCCAAAGAAGUCUUAAAACGUCUUCCAACGCCCAGAGAAAUCCGUCAAAGAAAGUCUUAAAAAUGGAGCUUCUGCACAACUCAGCAAAGGCAGAGACUUCUACUUCCCAAACAUCACUGGAUCCCGAAAAAAGUUUAGCAUUGAUACUUGAUUUUUUUCAGUUUGAAUACAUAAAAAAGGAAAAUGUUCUCACUUUACUCUUCCUUAAAUAUUCUCUAACGAUCACUUUUGGAUUUAUUUAUUAUAAUUUGACUGAUAUGCUUCCAAAAUAACCCUGGUCAUUUGUUUCAGAUCCAGUUUUUGUAAAACAACAGUUAAACAAAAUCACAACUUGAUGGUUAAAGUGCAUCUUUGGUUCUAAUCUUUUGUUUUUAGCUUGUUGUUUAUUUCUCCCUCACUACCAGGCUCUUCCAGUCUGUUGGAAAAUAGAAGCGAUUGUGUCCACCUUCGCUUUCUCUCUACGCGUUGAAGUACCAAAAGCACAAAACAUUGAGCAUAUCCACAUGAGGAUUAUCUCAACCAAAUCUCAUCUUAAUUUGCCCUAGAUUAUAAAGCAGGUGGCUUAGAAAUAAUUUAGUUUUAGGUCAGCGUCUAAAGAACAGUUUG